UCGAUCGAUGCGCGUCUCGCCGGCUGCUCUCUAUAUAUAUACAGGAAGAACGAUAUGAUCAUCCAUCCAUCCACCUCGCCCACCCCUCUGCCGUCUGACUGCCCGUUCUUGCUUGCGUACUCGCGUCGAACUUGACAGCUGAUCCAUCCGGUCGAUCGGUCAUGAGCUACCAAGCAGGCUACCCGCCGCCGGGCACCGCCGCGUACCCUCCGCCCGGGCAGCAGGCCUACGGCGCGCCCCCGCCGCAGGCCUACGUCGCGCCGCCGCCGGCGUACCCGCCGUCCCAGGACGCCGGCGCGUACGGCCAGCAGCAGCACCAGACCACCAGCCGCGGAGGCGACGGCUUCUGGAAAGGAUGCUGCGCCGCCAUCUGCUGCUGCUGCGUCCUGGACAUGUGCUUCUGAGGACGACGACGGGGCAGAGAGCCAUCGCCGCCAUGAUCGACCAGGCCUCGCUGAUCGAGCUACUCUGCUUGCUGUGUUAAUUACACUUACAUACAUCUUGAUAGAGUCAUUAGUCUUCGUUGUUGUGGUUUGUAAUUUGUACCCCGUACGUAUGGAGUAGCAUAUAUAUAUAUAUAUAAAUGUUCCCCUGUUAUUCCAUGAUUUUCAACAUGACAUUACUUAUUCUCCAA